AUGAAGCCGCCGAACUUUGCCUGUUUUUUUGACAUUGACGGUGUUAUUACUCAAGGUCCGAACUUCAUAGCAGUUGCUAAACCAGCAAUUCAAGCAUUGAUACAACUUAAAGUGCCUGUUGUUUUUGUUUCAAAUACAUGUAUGCUGGAAUCAGAUAAAGCGAAACAAUUAUCAGCUGUACUUGGAGUCACUAUUCAUCCUGAACAAGUUGUUCUUGCUCAAACACCAAUGCGUACAUUAACUGAUUUCCAUAAUAAACAUGUUCUUGUUUCGGGACAAGGUGCAACCGAAUACAUUGCUCGAAUGAUCGGUUUUAAAAGUAUAACAACCAUUGAAAAAGUUUGUGAAGCAUUUCCAGAAUUAGAUAUGGUUGAUCACAUGAAUCGUGCUAGAUUAAGUGAAAUGAUUCGUACUCAAGGUCUUGUACAUGAUGAAAAUUUUCGUCCUAUUGAUGCUAUUGUUUUACUUGGUGAACCUAUUCAAUGGGAGAGAUCGUUACAAGUUAUUAUUGAUCUUCUUUUAACCGAUGGUAAUCCUGCCAUUGUACCAGAAGCUUCAACUAUUGAGCACGAUCAUAUUCCCAUAAUUGCUUGUAACAGAGAUCUAGUAUUUAAAGCUGCUGCAGAUUUACCACGUUUUGGUCAUGGUGCUUUUCUAACAUGUUUAGAAACAUUAUACAAAAGUAUAAGUGGAAACGAUCUCAAAUAUACAGCAUUCGUUGGUAAACCAUAUGAAAUUUCAUUUCAAUAUGCCGAAACAAUAGCUAAUAAAAUUGCAUUAGCUAAUGGUCAACCAAAAAUUGACAAAGUCUAUUUCAUUGGUGAUAAUCCAGAUGUUGAUAUUGUUGGUGCAAAUAUGUAUAAUAAUUUAUUACAGCAAGCCAUGAAUUCCAAAACAAGUAUUACUGGUUAUAGUCUGUUGCCUCCUUCGGAUCUUUUAAGUGCAGCGGUGUGCGAAUCAAUUUUAGUAUGUACAGGUGUUUAUGAACCAGGUAAACACAAGAUAGAUGGUAAGAAUCCAUGGAAACUACCAACGACAAUUAAACUUAAUGUUCUCGAAGCUAUUAAAUACGUUCUUUUCAAAGAAACAUGCCCAUCGAUUGUCAGCUGCUAG